AUGUCAAGCAGCAGCCGCCGCUUCAUCCUCCAGAGGAUGAGGAUGACGUCUUCAGCAAAACCUUAUCCGAUUGGGAGAGAUCAUCCCAGGAAGCAACGGCUAGAUGAUUUGAGAUCAAAUAGCCGACCAUUACUUUCACUGAUUGUUCAACGAGUCCAGUUCCUGAUCAAUAACAUUUCAGACCUCGACACUGCAGCCAAGCACGCUCGUUUGGUUGUGAACAAGAAGGUAGACCCCGAAAGAGCCAUCCCAAUCUGCACCACCAUCAUCGGUGCCAUGUGCUGCGCUAAACGGUCUGACGACGCUUUGGAUCUGUUCCACUUCUUUUUCAACGAGUCCAAGAUGGAGCCUAACAUUGCUUCCUGCAAUCUCAUGAUCAAAUCCCACUGCGAGGAAGGCCGCCUCGACGACGCUCUUCGACUCUACUCCCACCUCUCCUACAACACUCCUCGUCCAGACCACAACACAUACGAUCUCUGGAUUUGUUGUUGA